AGCAGAGAGAAAAAAAAAAAAGAAAGGGUAGCGAAAAGGGUUUCUUGGGAUAGGGUCAGUGUGUUGUUUAAAGUUGGCAGUCGAGGGAAUAAGAGUGAACCAUGAUUCGGGUGUCGUGUCUGGUCAUUUUUGGGGUUCUUUCCGGUGCCGCUGCCAUCAAAGAAAGUGAUGGGAAUCAAAGAACGCCUUACAUUCAGAACCUGAAAUUUUCCAAGAUGGCGUCAUUCAACCCCUCGAUGAAUGAACCCAAUAUGGGCGGAGGUCAGUUUUCGUCUCCCUUUGGGGACCCAGCAGGUGGACCUGGGGGAUCCCCAGGGAUCCCAGACUCGCCAAAAGCCACCCAACUGAGGGCUCGCAUGAAG